UGUCGACUGGCCAGUAAAAUAAACAAAAUUCGAAAAAAAAAUGUCGUUUCUGAAAUGCGGAGUUUGCACCGAGGACUAUUCAAAUGUGAUCACAAAUCGGCAUCCCAAGAAUUUGACUUGCGGUCACUCAAUUUGCAAGGCCUGCUCUUCAAAAUUAGUCUCUAAUUUCAAAAUCCUGUGCCCAUUCUGCCGAAAAACCACUGAGCUUCGAGAAAAUGAAAACUUGCAGACCAAUUUUGCAUUGCUAGAGGCUAUAAGCUUGUUCAAUGAUAUCAAUGAGUCCGUUACUGAGCCAAGAUCAUCUGGAGCACCACCAAAUUGCGAGGAGCACACUUAUAAUCUGGCCGAGUUCGUUUGUAUCAGUCCAAACUGCUCCAGUCGAAGCAAGCUGAUGUGCCGGACUUGUGAGGAGUUCGGAGUCCACGCAGGACAUAGAAAAGGGCUUCUGCAGGUUGAAGCUAAGAAAGUUAGGCAGAACCUUCUAGAGCGGCAAAGGAAGCUUCAAGUCAACAAGAAACAGGUUGAUGAUAAAAUUCAAGCACUGGAAAAGGCUGCUCUCAAGAAGAAUGAUGAGCUAUAUAAGGAGAAAUACGAUGAGAUAACACGACACUACGACAGAAUCCGAAGCUCUGUUGCAGAACGAGAAAAGACUUCAAAGGAAGUGUUAAAGAAGAGUGUGCUGACCAGUGAGGAGGACAAUCGGAUGGGUCAAAUCUCCAAUCAUGUCAUCAGGCAUCUACUGGAGAAGAAGUGUGAGGAAGUGGAACAGCUCGUCGGGAUGACCGAUUUCGAGUUGUAUCGGGUGAAGGAUAAGGUUGACUGGAAUGAUGAAUCCUUUAGUUUCUCGGAUGUUAAAGAAAAACCACCAAUGGAAUUGAAAACCUUGCAUGUGAAGCUUCCAGAAUUCCGAUUUGAAGAUUCGAGCUGAAGUUAAACAUCAAUAUACAUACAUAAAGCUUAUUCCGUCUUCUC